AUGGACCCAGACAAAGAACGGGACAAGAGCAAGUAUUGUCGUUUUCAUGAAGGUUACGGUCACGACACAGAUCGCUGUUGGGAUCUUAAAAGAGAAAUAGAACAACUAAUCCAAUCUGGCGUGCUAAGAAAAUUCGUCCAUGAAAAGACAGGAGAAAAAAGGAAAGGAGACGCCACCGAAAAAGAGGAACAGACGAAGAAAGCCAAAGAAGUCGCAGGCGUAAUACAUGUCAUCGAUGGAGGAGACCCUUAUAGCAACUCCCAAAAGAAGAAAAGGAACCGAAGAGGUUCUGCGACGAUCUUCGCAAUCGAGAGGGAAGUAACACAGGAAGUCUCAUUCGGCCCAGAAGAUGGCGGACACGUACGAGGACCUCAUAAUGACGCAUUGGUGAUAGAGGCGGUCAUAAGAAACCACCAGGUCAAACGUAUCUUGAUAGAUGAAGGAAGUUCGGUGAACUUACUAACCCUGGAGGCCUUUAAGGAGAUGAAAGGAUCGAUUACCGACUUACGAAAAGCGUCUGUCCCACUCAUCGGACUCGGAGGAAAGCCUAUUCGGCCAGAAGGAACUGUGAACCUGUAUGUAGAGCUAGGGGAGAAGACCGAAGGGCCACUCAAGAAACUACAUGCCCAGUUCAAUAUGGUGGAUCUACCUCUAGCAUACAACGGAAUCCUUGGCAGACCUUUAUUGUACCAAUCAAGCGCAGUAACCAGUAUUAGGUUACUGACCUUAAAGAUACCUACCCCAUAG